UUUUUUCUUUUUUUUUUAAUCAGUUUAUAUUUAGAAAAUGGUUCUCAGAGAGUGAACAUAGAUAAAAGCCAGUUCUGCAGCUCCCUGCACUGCUGUCCUGCCCUCACUUGGUUUGUGUUGCUGGGAUAUGAGAGCACCUGCACUUCUGCUCACAGGGCAGGUGACAAAGCAGGGGAGCAGCUUCCAACCUUUGCAUUUCUGUGGGGCUGAUUCAUGUCUUUGUUUCUUUUCUUUCAGUAUGGCUGUAAGUUUGUAUGUAUGUUUGACUGACCUCCUAAUUAUCUUGCUACCAAAACUAUUGUGGUGUGAAUUUAGAUGAACUUCUGGACAGGAAGCAAAGAGCAAUUUGCCAUCCCCCCAGGGGCGUGUUUGAGCAGCUGGGGGGUGCUGGGGGUCCUGGCAGCUCCACUGGGGUCUGCAUGUGGCACCGGGCUCUCCUGCAGCAUAGUGGAGGUUGGAGCAGCUGGAGGAUGGUGACCUGGGCAGCCCUGAAGCCAGACAGGUUCAGGAGCACGUUGUGCAGUGCGUCCUUUCUCCUGGCAGGGCUGUGUGUCCUCAGGCAGCCUCUGACCUGAGCAGAGGGGCAGCACUGCUUGGCCCCAUUCUGGAAGGGCUGUUGUUGUCCCAUGCUCUGCUGUGCUGCUCGCUGAUGUGCUCAUUUCCAGCCUUACACCUAACGACCUCUGAGGAAGUCUGAUGCCAGUCCUGCUGGCCCUUCCAGGCUGAGCAGCUGCUGAAGUGUUCCGUGCUUUGUUCUGUAGGCCAGGAAGACCCCUGUGUGCUGUGCUGCCCCAGGAGGCCAGCCAGGGGAACCCAAAGCCUUGGGACCCAUGCAGUAAGUUAAAGCCCAGCACUGCUCUGUGCAGGACUCAAGGUGCUGAGGGAUGAUGAGCAGAGGUCCUGUGGGUAACUGGGGUAUUGAGCUACUGAUUGCCCUGUGCUUUCUUCUCAUGUCUGUGCAGGUGGUGACUUGCAGCACACCGUCCUCCGAUGCUCUGGCUCCGCAUCGCAGCCUGGCUGCAGCCCCCUGGCUCUCCUCUGCACACUGGACUCUCUGCUGAUGCACACACACUGCUUUGCUGCAGAUGGCACCUUGUGGUUUUCCAUAUGCCACUGUUUCUCCCCAGCCCCCGCCUUCCAGCUUUGUGCUUACAGACUUGUUCUUCAGGACAGAACAGCCUGCUCCUGCCUCCUCCUGUGCCCGACCACCAGGCGUUCUGCUGCAGGGUUGGUAACCUCAGUGCCUUCCUGCCCUGACUUUGUUAGUGGGCAGCCUCCACCUUGGCUUUCUGUGUCACCUGCCUGGAGGAUUUUGGGGGAUGUUAUGAACUGAUGCAUUGUUUGGAGCAGCCUGUUGGAAGUGUCAUUGUCAGUGACCAUUCUGACAGGAGGAGAGCUCCCUUUGUAAUGCCAGGCCACUGAGAGCAACCUUGGUUUCCUACAUGCAGUUACUGUGAGCAGCAUUUCCUCAUGCCCUCUCCCAGGCUGCUCUCAUCCAUGUCCCAGUGGGGUCAGGCGAUGUCUGGGAGCACAGGCUGCUCUGCUCCUGGGGUCUCUCUUCAUCCUGGUGGGUUCCAGCUCCUUGGGUUCCUUGGUGUGAGCAGCUGCUCGGCCACCUCACAGUGGGCAGUGCUGGUGGCUGCUGAUUCCCAGCCCACUGUGAUGAGGAUAUUUGACUUUGCCGCUUUUGCAUAAAGUGAAUUUAGGAUCAUUUGCUGAUUUCCUUCUGCAGAACCUGAACACGUGCCAGCAGCAAGCACAAUGCUGUCCGUCCCCAGCAACCACAGUGCUUCGCCUGCAAACCCUGCAGCUCUGUCUGUGUGCUGGUGCCUGUCCUUUGUGGGAUGGAGGUCAGAUGGGGGGGACGGGCUGCAGCAAGGUGGGAGCGGUGGUAACCAAUCUCUCUUCUUUUUGCAGGUGAGGGCUCAGUCCUGCUCUGCAGUGCUCAUUCCAUUCCCGCUCUGGGCAGCACCGUGCUGGGGUGCUGGACUCCCUCUGAGGGGGGAAAUAGGGCUGUUAAAGCUUCCCUAAAGGCCUGCAGGGAUCUCUGCUUCCACAGACUUUAACAGAAUCUCUCUGUAGAGUACUGAGCUGUUCUCCACCUUCUGGAUUAAGGUUGGUUUGACAAGCUUAAUGGCCACAACAGGUGUGAAGUGUUCCUCAUCCUCCUGCAGCCCCGUGAUGCCGUGGGAUGGCCAGGUAUUGUUGCUGCAGCUGGUGUUGUGAAUCAGGCCGACGGCAAGCGCUUCCUACUAUCCGGCUAUUUCACUACACCAGGGUUGCAUCAUACCACUUCCUUCACUCGCCUCCUGGAGCCUCCGUGCCUCUCCUGGAGCAUCUUAGUUCUGCACCUGCCCUCUGGGAGGCUCUGAGUUGUGCCAUCUGGGGCAAGUCGGUGUUUUCUGAUGGGAUAAUGAGGUUCUGAAAUAAAGCUGUUGCUUCGAGGCAUUGAUGCGGUGCUGUUGGUGUUGGUGGAAGCUGAUGCCCAUGUCAAAGGAAUGGGUGAGGUGGGACUGAGGACAGUGUGUGCACACAGUGCAUGGGGAGCAGAGCGAGUCCUUGCAGAGCAGGCUGAGCUGUUUGUGCAGGUGCAGUGGGUGGACAGCCCAAAUUUUCCAUUAACUCACAAAGUGAGCGUGCUGAAUUUGCAGUGGGCUGCAGCGUUGCCCUCAAAUUGUAUUACCUGCCCUGUUAGCUGUCUUCCAUGCUGUUACCUGUUGUUCAUUUAACUAUGUGUGACAUUUGAGUGCUGUGUGAAAGCCACCCAUCCCUCUGUUUGGGGUGGGGGUCUCCUCCACCCCCGGGCUCCCAGUUCCCCUCUUCUGUGGGUUCAGCUCCUCCGGUCACACACAGUGCAGCUGUGGUUUGUGGGAUCAGCCAGGGCAGUGCUGCAGGGAAGGGGCAGAAGAGCAGAGCUGAGCUCACCUCCAGCCCCCACCUGGGAACAUUCAGUUCCCACCCAGAUUUGUUAUGGAAAACUGCCGCGUUUCUCUGCCGUUCUGUCCUUGGGACUUAAUCUCAAAUCUGUUAUCAGUGCCGGGAUCGGGCACAGGCAGCCGCUGAUGCUGAUAACAGCAGUUUUGAUGCCCCCUCCAGCUAUUUUUUCCCCCUGACCAGCUUGGGGUGGUUCCAGCCACUCGGAUCCCCCCAGGUGCCAUGGGGCCGUGCUUGGCUCUGCUGGGUAUAAAUCCCUGACCCCAGCACUACAGGUGGGACCCGUGCAGCCACCAUGGCUGAGCUGCCAUGUGCUGAGCCCCUGCCACGCUGCAGCGGACGCUUCACCAUCAGCACAUUGCUGGGCCCCGAGGAGGUGCUGGGCUGUGAGGGCACGCAGCUCUCGGGCAGCUCGCUGUGCACCAGGACCUUUGGUUACAACACGGUGGAUGUGGUGCCCGCCUAUGAGCACUACGCCAACAGCAGGGGGGUGGGUGAGGCCAGACAGGGAAGGCCAUCGCUGGCAGACCUCCACUCCAUCCUCAAGCCUGAACCUGCCCAUCUCCGUGUGCCACUGCCCGACCCCCAGCGCAGCAACGGCCUCCCUGACACUGAGGAUGGUGCUGGAGAGCCAAGCAGUGCCCCUGCACCAGAGCCUGUCCGCUUCGGGUGGGUGAAGGGUGUGAUGAUCCGCUGCAUGCUGAACAUCUGGGGUGUGAUCCUCUACCUGCGCCUGCCCUGGAUCACAGCCCAGGCUGGAAUUGCCUUGACAUGGCUCAUCAUCCUGAUGUCCGUGACCGUGACCACUAUCACCGGCCUGUCCAUCUCUGCCAUUUCUACCAAUGGCAAAGUGAAGUCAGGGGGCACCUACUUCCUCAUCUCGAGGAGCCUGGGGCCAGAGCUGGGCGGCUCCAUUGGCCUCAUCUUCGCCUUUGCCAACGCAGUGGCUGUGGCCAUGCACACGGUGGGCUUUGCUGAAACCGUGCGGGAUCUGCUGCAGGAGCACAACUCCCUGAUCGUGGACCCCACCAACGACAUCCGCAUCAUCGGGGUGCUCACCGUCACCGUGCUGCUGGGCAUCUCGCUGGCCGGCAUGGAGUGGGAGGCCAAGGCCCAGAUCCUGUUCUUCUUGGUCAUCCUGGUGUCCUUCAUAAACUACCUGGUGGGGACAGUGAUCCCAGCCAGCGCUGAGAAACAAGCAAAGGGCUUCUUCAGCUACAGAGCUGACAUUUUUGCCCAGAACUUUGUUCCCGACUGGCGUGGACCUGAGGGUUCCUUCUUUGGUUUGUUCUCCAUUUUCUUUCCAUCGGCAACUGGCAUCUUGGCCGGAGCCAACAUCUCUGGUGACCUGAAGGACCCUGCCGUGGCCAUCCCCAAGGGCACCUUGAUGGCCAUCUUCUGGACCACAGUGUCCUACCUGGUGCUGUCGGCUACAAUAGGUGCCUGUGUACUUCGGGACGCCUCGGGCAGCCUGAAUGACAGCGUGGCACUGGGCUCACCGGGCUGCGAGGGACUGGGCUGCAGCUAUGGCUGGAACUUCACCGACUGCGCCCAGCAGCAGAGCUGCCGCUAUGGGCUCAGCAACUACUACCAGAGCAUGAGCAUGGUGUCAGGAUUCGGCCCCCUCAUCACGGCUGGGAUCUUUGGUGCCACCCUCUCCUCAGCGCUGGCCUGCCUUGUCUCGGCCCCCAAGGUCUUCCAGGUGAGCGCUGGUCCCUGUCCCUCUCCCUGUCUCUGUCCCCAGGUGACACGACGGGACAUCCUUGCACUUCUCAUCCCUUUACUCCUACAGUGCCUCUGCAAGGACCAGCUCUACCCUCUCAUAGGCUUCUUUGGGAAGGGCUAUGGGAAGAACAGUGAGCCUAUCCGUGGCUACAUGCUCACCUAUGUGAUAGCCAUUGGCUUCAUCCUCAUUGCCGAGCUCAAUGCCAUUGCCCCCAUCAUCUCCAACUUCUUCCUCUGCUCCUAUGCGCUCAUCAACUUCAGCUGCUUCCACGCUUCCAUCACCAACUCCCCAGGCUGGCGACCCUCCUUUCGGUAUUACAGCAAGUGGGCUGCACUCUUUGGUGCCGCAAUCUCAGUGGUCAUCAUGUUCCUGCUGACCUGGUGGGCAGCCCUCAUCGCGCUCGGCAUCGUCGUCUUCCUCCUGGGCUACGUUCUCUACAAGAAACCAGACGUCAACUGGGGCUCCUCCAUGCAAGCCAGCUCCUACAACCUGGCUCUGAGCUACUCGGUAGGGCUCAGCGAGGUGGAUGAGCACAUCAAGAACUACAGGCCACAGUGCCUGGUCCUGACUGGGCCGCCCAACUUCCGCCCAGCGCUGGUGGACUUCGUGGGCACCUUCACCAAGAACCUCAGCCUGAUGAUCUGCGGCAACGUGCUGAUUGGCCCCCGCAAGCAGAAGGUGCCUGAGGCCCAGCAGGCGUUGGAUGGCCACACCAGGUGGCUCCUCAAGAGGAAGAUCAAGGCCUUCUACACCAACGUGCUUGCUGAAGACCUGAGGAGCGGUGUCCAGAUGCUGCUGCAGGCUGCCGGCCUAGGGAAGAUGAGACCCAACAUUGUGGCACUGGGCUACAAGAGGGACUGGCAGGCAGCCGCACCACAGAGCCUGGAGGAUUACGUGGGCAUCCUGCACGAUGCCUUUGAUUUCAAGCACGGUGUGUGCCUGCUGCGGCUGCGGGAAGGGCUGAAUGUUUCCCGAGUUCCACAAGCCCACAUUAACCCGGCGUUUGGGGCAGCAGAGCAUCCUGAUGGGAACAGCACUGGUGGCAGAGCAAUGCCCAGCACAGGCAUCGCAGACCCUGAGCAGCAGGCGAGCACCAUCUUCCAGAGCCAGCAGGGCAAGAAAACCAUCGACAUUUACUGGCUCUUUGAUGACGGAGGGCUCACACUGCUCAUCCCGUACCUCCUUGGGCGCAAGAAGCGCUGGGGAAAAUGCAGGAUCCGGGUGUUUGUUGGUGGGCAGAUCAACAGGAUGGACGAGGAGAGGAAGGCGAUCGUGUCCCUGCUGAGCAAAUUCCGCCUGGGUUUCCACGAGGUCCACGUCCUGCCUGACAUCAACCAGCAGCCCCGGCCAGAGCACAUCAGGAGAUUUGAUGAGCUGAUUGCGCCCUUCCGGCUGAACGAUGGCUUCAAGGACGAGGCGGCGGUGAACGAGCUGCGGCAUGGCUGUCCCUGGAAGAUCUCUGAUGAGGAGGUGCACAGGCACAGAGCCAAGUCGCUCCGACAAGUGAGGCUCAAUGAGAUUCUGCUGGAUUACUCACGGGAUGCGGCGCUCAUCGCCAUACCUGUCUUGGCUGCAGCACGCUGCCCAUUGGCAGGAAGGGGCGCUGCCCCAGCUCCCUCUACAUGGCCUGGCUCGAGACGCUCUCACAGGACCUGAGACCCCCAGUCAUCCUGAUCAGAGGAAACCAGGAGAACGUUCUGACCUUUUACUGCCAAUAAAGCCUCCCGCACCCCUGCCACGUGA